AUGGGCGAUACAGAAGAUUACUUCCCUCGGGGUGGAAAAAAACCAACAGUUACAUAUUUUAAACCGAGCGGAAAUUUUUUAGGAGCAGCUGAGAAAGGAGAGAGAAAAAAGCAAAAACCGAAGAAGAAAUUAGAAGGUGACGAUGGAUAUUUGUCAGAUGAAAUUGUGGCUGAAGAGGAUGUUUCUUCGAAAAAUUGUGCUAUGUCCUUAAACUAUAAGAUAGUGAAAGAAGGUCAAAUAUUGUUAGGUAGAGUGAGGCAAGUCUUAGAGACAAAAAUCAACAUUUCAUUACCAUGCAGACUUCUAGGCACAGUGAUGGCUUGCUAUGUUAGUGAGCCAUAUAACAAAACACUCGAAUCAUAUGUCAAUGAUCAGAUAGAGGAAGUCCUGGAUUUGAAAAAGAUGUUCCGUCCAGGCCAAUAUGUAGCGGUGAGGAUACUUGAAGUCAAGGAUAAUUACCUGAUGUUGUCAAUGAUGCCACAGCAUGUAAAUAGUGGUCGUCCCCAAUCUGAACUACAUAAAGGGGCACUCCUACAAGCAGCUGUAUCGUCAGUGGAAGACCACGGCUAUGUAAUGGACAUUGGUAUCUCCAAUACCAGAGCCUUUCUACCCAAAGCCGCCACAAACCCUGAAAUACUCUUAGAUACUGGUGCAUUGACAUGGUGUUGUGUGAAGUCAUUGGAAUCGGACAACAGUUUGGUGACACUGAGCAAUGAGCUGGAAGCCUUGCAGAGGGCAGUGCAGAGAUAUCCCACUAGCAAUCUGCUGCCGGCAACCGCUCUGGAAUUCACAGUUGAUAAGUCGCUCGACAAUGGCAUCGAGGGUCACGUGUUCGAAGACACCACGGCCUACGUGCAGCGGCACCACGUGGACAAAGUCAGGGGAAAGAAGCCCAAACUCGGCCAAAGGCUCCGCGCCCGGGUGCUGUACGUGAUGCCGACCAGACACACGCCGUUCCUCACCAUGAGGAACAUAUUCGAAACCACCUACCCUGACCUCGAGGUCGAGCAGAGGUUCAAGGAGGGCGCCAUCAUCGAGGAGGCUCAGGUAAUAAAGAUCAUCGCCAGAUCGGUGAUCUUUAAGCUCGGCGAGGGUAGCGUGGGGACGCUCAGUCUGCGCCGCAUCGAGGUGGAUGAAGAGCUCACGGACGAAGAUGUCGUCGCCAAAUCGUACCCCAUCGGCAGCAGUCGCAGCGUGCGCGUGCUGUUCUACAACCUGUCCGAGCAGACGUACACGGUGAGCGACGAGGAGUCGGUGCUGCGGGAGCGGUACUUCUCGUGCGCGGACCUGGCCGUGGGCGAGCUGGUCUCCGCCAGCGUGGCGGCCGUGCACGGGGAGCGGCUGCACCUCGCCGUCGGCCGCCUCUCGGGUUACGUCCCGAAGACCCACAUGUCUGAUGCUGGACUGUACGUGGAUCCUAAGAAAGCUAGCACGUCUAUGUUGCCGAAGAAGUUCAAGGUGGGUCAACAAGUAAAGGCGCGCGUGCUGAGCCUGGACCGGGAGAAGCCCUCGUUGGCCCUGACCCUGAAGCCCAGCUUGCUGGCGCCGGACCUGGAGGUGCUCCAGAGCUACGAGGACGCCCAACUCGGGAAGGUGUACACCGGCGUCGUAGUGCAUGUGCGCGACUACCUGCUGGUGGGGUUCUUCGGCGGGGUGGUGGCGCUGGUGGCGCGCCACCACAUCGCCUCGCCCCCUCCCCCCGCCGAGUCCGUCGCGGACCUCUUCCACCCCGGCCAGAUCGUAAACUGUACAAUUUUAAGAGUGGACGCGAGUAAUAAAAAGAUGUCUGGCAGUCUUAUCACUCCAGCAUUCGAUCCUACGAAAAAGAUGACGAAAUCCCACAAAAGAGGAAUAGAGACAGAGGAUACUUCUAUGCCUCGAAAAAAACAGAAAAUUGUAGAAAUGAGUGCAGAACCUGGCGACUUGAAAAAGAAACAAAAGAAGAAGAAAAGGGACCAAAAUGACACCACAGAAGUGAAUGAAGGUGUUGAUAUGGAAGAAGACUGUAAACCAAAUGAAGAGGAAAGUGAACAAAAUGACAAUACUGAUGAUAAUGAAAAUAAAAGUAGAAAGUUAAAGAAAAAGAAAGAAAAAGCGAAAAGUUCAAAAUCAGACAGAAAUAGUAAUUUAGACAAUGAUGAAUUAAAAGAAGUUGGCCAUGGUGCUGAUGAAAAUAAGCAAAAGAAGAAAAGUAAAGAUCUCGAAAAACAAACAAAGGAUAUGACAUCAGAAAAUGGUUUCGAUGAUGCGAAUGAUGAAACAAGUAAACGAAAGAAAAAGAGAAAAGAUUCGGAAAGCGAUUCAGAGGCUACAAGAGUUAAACAGGAAAAAAAGAGAAAAUUGAAGGAAGCGUUGGAAACAUCGCUAGUAGACAACAAGGCGUCAGACGAAAGCGACGCUAUAGAAACGGAUAUACAGGACGACAGCGAUCAAGUGUUGACACCGCAAGACCUGGGCCUGAUAGACCUGUCCGACUGCACGGACGCGAAAUCGUGCAAGAAAAGAAUCGUGGCCCUCUUAAGAGCUAUCAACGUGAAGGCGAUGCGAGUAGAGAGGGUGGAGAACAAAAUAGCGGACAUAGAAGGCGGCGGUCUGAAUGCGAGAAAUAAAAAGUUCCACACCGCGAUGCACACCGAGAGAUUGGUGUUGGCGCAGCGCAUGCAGAAGCUUAUGGAGGUCUUGAAAACGGCGCAAGAGAAACUGAAGGGUAUCGGCGAGGACGAGGUCAAGGACUACAAGAAGAAGAAAGAGAAGAAACAGAAGAAAAUACGGAAUGAUGCGAAAGAGAAAGAGAGUAAGAGAGUGGACGCUGUCACGAUACAAGAAAAACCGAAGAGCUUAGACAGGCCACGAAGGAAUAAAAUUGAGAGCUUGGAGGCGGUUUUAGAGGUGCCGAGUGUGAAAGACUUCUGGUCUAUUCCCGCAGAACCUCAGCCUAUUGUAGCAGAAUCAGAGUCUAGCAGCAGCGAAGAGGAGGAAGCGGAGAAGCCGAAGAAGAAGCGGAAAAAGCUGACGGCAGCGGAGAAGGUGGCGAAAGCGCGGGAAGAAGAGGAGCGCGUGAGGGUUAUGGAGAAGAGAGCGGCAGAGUCGGCGGAGGCGCCCCACUCCGCAGACCACUUCGAGAGGGCGCUACUGGCGAAUCCCAACAGCAGCCAGCUCUGGAUCGCCUACAUGGCCUUCCACCUUCAGGCAACGGAAAUAGAGAGGGCGCGUGCGGUGGGACAGCGCGCUCUGAAGACCAUCUCGUUCCGAGAGGAGCAGGAGAAAAUGAACGUAUGGCUAGCCUUGCUGAACCUGGAACACCGUUUCGGCACUAAGGAAUCGCAGCAGAAGACCCUGGAGGAUGCGCUGCAAAUGAACGAAAAGUACCAGAUCCACUCGAAACUGUUGGACAUUUACGUCGAGACGGGCAAGUCGCAAGAGCUGGCGGGGCUGGUGGAGCUGAUGCUGCGGAAGUACAGGCGGCAGCGGGAGAUGUACGAGGCCUGCGGCGGUGCGUGCUUUAAAUUGGGCCUUGCGGAGAAAGCGAGACAGGUGAUGCAGAAGGGCCUCACCGCUUUGGACAAGAAAGAACAUGUUGCCCUGCUGGUGCGUUUCGCUCGACUGGAGCGCGAGAGCGGGGCGGGCGAGAGGGCGGAGGCGCUUUUGGAGCACGUGCUGGCUGCCUACCCCCAACGGGUGGACGUGUGUUCCGUCUACGCGGACCUGCUUCUCAAGGGCGGUGACGUGGAGCGCCUGAGACAAGUAAUGGAUAGAAUGACCUCGCAGAAGAUGCCAGCGAGAAAAAUGAAAGUGCUUUAUAAGAAAUGGAUAGAAGUGGAGGAGAAAAUCGGUGAUCAAGAACAAAUUGAAAAAAUAAAAAAAAGCGCCAUGGAAUAUGUGGAAAAGGCGAAUCUCCAAAUCAAAAUGGAAGAUGAAGAUGUGCCAACACUCUCUGCGGAGACCUUCGCAGCAUUACAAGAGUUCUAUGCGGAGCAACAGAGAAGGCAAGAAAUUCUUAACAAAUUAGAGGCUGAAAAUAAACUGAAUCAAAAUAUUAUUUUUGAAGAGAAUUGGCAACUAAGUCAGUUUUGGUAUGAUGAAGAGACAGUGCAGAAGAUGGUUAGAGUUAUAGACAAAAUACUGCCGGAUGGUGGCAAAGUGGCUCUGAUAUCCUGCCCUACACUGUUUGUGCCUCUCAAACGGCAGAUUGGAGGCAGGGCAACUGUUACUCUACUGGAAUUCGACAGGAGGUUCGAAGUGCACGCGCCCGACUUCGUUUUCUACGAUUACAACUUCCCUGACAAACUCCCGCCAGAGAUGGCGAGGGCUUACGACCUGGUGGUGGCCGAUCCGCCGUUCUUGUCGGAGGAAUGCAUCUCGAAGACCGCGCAGACGAUAGAGCUGCUGGCGAAGGAGAAGGUCGUGGUGUGCACGGGAGCCGUGAUGCGGGAGCUAGUCGGGAGGCUGAUGGGCCUGAAACUGUGCCAAUUCCAACCGCGCCACAGAAACAAUCUAGCGAACGAAUUCUCGUGCUACGCCAACUUUGAUUUCGAUGCAGCCGUUUCACGA